UUAGUGUGUUAACUCAUAUACAUUCGCAAUGCAGGAGACGGAGAAUAAAAAAAGAUAGUGAGAAGAGACAACCAAUAAUAGCUUUCUCGUGACUUCUCUUGAACUGUCUUGAACUAGUGAAGUUAGUUAGCAAUCAGAUAUGAUUGGUUAUUAUUGCGCCGGAUUUCGAUAUUUUCAAAUUUCACACUUUAAUCUGCUAUUUUCCCCUCGCUUAUUAUACGUUCAAUUAAUCAAAAUAGAUAUAUUCAAAAAGCGAAAUUUGAAAAAUAGAUUAAUAGACAAUAAUCCAGAUGAAGACAAACCUGGCCCUUCUUCAGAAAAUACCGAAACAGAGACAGAGGGAGAAGAUUCAGGAAUGGAAAAAAUACGCAAAUAUUUAAUUCAGAAAUUAAAGUUGUAUGACUCGGACACCGAACAAGAGUCAUGUUCAGGUGUUCUUAAAGAAUUAACCAUAGAUGGUAUUAUAGAUUACAUAAAACAGAAUCCAAAAUGUAAAAUUAUAACAAUGGCUGGAGCUGGUAUUUCCACAUCUGCAGGAAUUCCAGAUUUUCGUUCACCUUCAAGUGGACUUUAUCAUAAUUUAGAAAAAUAUAAUUUACCACAUCCUCAAGCAGUUUUUGAAUUAGAUUUUUUUAUGGAGAAUCCAGAACCAUUUUUUACCCUUGCAAAGCAAUUGUUACCUGAAGGAUUUAAACCUACACCAUGCCAUUAUUUUAUUCGUCUUUUAUGGGAAAAAGGUUUAUUAUUGCGGCAUUAUACACAAAAUAUUGAUACAUUAGAAAGAAUUGCUGGAUUGCCAGCAGAAAAAUUAAUAGAAGCUCAUGGAACUUUUCAUACUGGUCAUUGCCUUAAAUGUAGGGCACCAUAUACACUUGAAUGGAUGAAGGAAAAAAUAUUGGAAAGUGUAAUACCCAAAUGUGAAGAGUGCGAAGAAGGUGUAGUAAAACCUGAUGUGGUAUUUUUUGGAGAAAUGUUACCCGAACGUUUCCAUUAUUUCGCUGACAGAGAUUUUAUACAUGCUGAUCUCUUGAUUAUUAUGGGAUCAAGUUUGGUAGUUCAACCUUUCGCCUCUCUCAUUGACAGAGUACGGCCUUCCUGUCCUCGUCUUCUUAUAAAUAAAGAAAAAGCAGGUAUGCAAGAUCGUUUGUCCAGAUUUUUAGGUUUAAGACAAGGUUUAAUCUUCGACUCCAAAAAUUCUAAUUCCGGACGAGAUGUUGCUUGGUUAGGUGACUGUGAUACAGGUUGUCAGUUGUUAGCUGACAAACUUGGUUGGGGUGAAGAAUUGAAAGCAUUGAUAAAACGAGAACAUGAACGUUUAGAUGCAGAAAAUUCGAAUAUUAAGAAUUCAUAAAAAAUUGUAUAAAUAUAUGUGUAACAGCUGUAAAAAUUCGUAAUAUUAAAGGAAUUCAAUCUGCUAAUUCGAGUUCUUUGGUGACGUUCAUAAAACCAGAAUUAGAAGCUAUAAAAGCAGCUGGUACUUGGAAAAGUGAAAGGAUAAUUGUGUCGCCUCA